AAUUGCCACCCGCUUUUCGAUUGGAAUUAGCUUUCCAGGAUAACUACAAGACAUACGUUGAAUACCGGUGUCACGUAGCAGCAAUAGCUACUAGGCUUGCAUCAUUUAAAUUUGUGCAGCAUAUACCGGCUCUUCCGGCACUCUACGCUGCUGUCUUUAGGCGGCGUGCGGAAUGUUGCUUCGUCGGCGUGUUGCGGCAUUGAUGGUCGUGGCUCUUGUAAGCACAUUGUCUACAGCUGCGAAGGGGCAGUCUGGCGGUAGUCUCAGACGGCUCACGGAAGCGCUGCUGCGAAAAUCAGUAACGCAAGCAUCGGAUGGCAUCAUCCCAGCGGAGCUGGUAGCCCGUCAAUUUAUACCUCCCUUAUGGUCCACUACAGACCGAGACGUCAUUCCAAGCGUUGGCAAGCAUAUCGGCAGGUCCCCUAAACAGGCUCAAGGGGACGAGCUUUCCAACGGCGCUGCCGAUCCUGACCCCGACCCACACCCCAAUCCCACCCGGCGUACCCUCCGCAACGACGAUUUCGUAUACACGGCGCCCUGCACUCCGCAGCGGCUGCCCCUGGCUCAGGCUAGUCGUUACUGGCGCAAAGGGAUGCGUGCCGUGUUUGUAAUGGACGAACCUACGGGCAACCUGCCAAAGGAGGUUACUGCAAGCGCAAACAAGUACCGUGAGUCCUACGCCUGGUUCCCCAACUUCCGCCGCAUGGCUAACGACAAGCGCGACCACUACCUGGAGGGAGACCGCCGGGCCGCCAUGACCCCCGUGCUCGCCUAUGCGGCGCUCGCUGACCCAGCUGCCAUGACACCCUGGACGCAGCUCCCAUCCGGACCCAGGUCCUCCGCCGCCAAGCCGACCCAGAUGGCAUCGGAUCCCUCGCCAACACCCACAGGAGCGGCGGCUAGCAGCGGUAAUGGCAGCAGCGCUGACCCCUUCCAGUGGUUGCUGGUGGGAGAUGACGACACCAUAUUCUUCAUGCGGGGCGUCAAGGCGCUGUUGCGGGAUUACGACCCGCAGUUGCCGUACUUUUUAUCGGAUUCCAUGUACGUGGGAUCCAAGUCGCCGCAGCCGGGUGUGUGGGAGAUGCGCUGUUACCCGUGCCACAUGCAGUGGGGCCGCUGGCGGCGGCGCGCGGGGCGGCGGUUGAUGGCGACAGCAGACGGCGGGCGGGAGGUGCAGCAAGCCAAGGGCUGCGGGUGUAGCACCGAGAACCUGUGCAAGCGGCGCUUCCCCGGCAACGAGACGCGGUGCCAGCAGGAGUGGGAGGGCCCGGUGCCCUGGGGCGGAGUGGGCUUCAUCUUCUCCAUCGGUUUCUUCAAGCAGCUGGCCGCCAGCCAGGGGGGCACCGGACUGCGAGCGUAUGAGGUGCGACCGACCGAGUGUCGACCAAGCGUGGCCAGGCUAGCACGCAUACGGCGUCCCCUGCUGCCAACCCCCGAGUACGCACUAUCCCUCGUUUCUCCCUCUGCUUUCUCGUUUCCCUCUGUUUUCCCUAUCCGAGAGCACCCAACAUGAACCCCGAACGCUCGCGGGCACAUGAGGCCUGUCACCAGGGUGCUGCGCACACCACCAAGGCUGCCCACAUCCUCGCGCGCUCUCUCGCUCCUUACCCCCGCCCCACUCGCCAUCCUGCAGACCUGCAUCAACGCGCCCGAGACCUCGGUGAUGUCCUUCCCGGAGGGCGGCGACGCCUUCAUGUCUCGCUGCUUCUGGCGCCUGGGCUUCCCCAUCACGGACCCGGGCUACACGCCCCUGGGCAGGUACAUGGGCGAGGUGCUGCAUCUCGGACACCUAUACGACGCCCCCGCCAACCUCACUCGCGGCCAGCUGCCCCCGCAAGCCAUGGAGCGCUGGUCCACCGCCGUCAGCAUGCACCUGGGGGCGCGGCAGCAGCGGUC